CACAAAUCCAUGCGUUUGUUUUUUACCUCCAAACCACGGCCAGACGAAACAAACAAACACAAAAAAUUACGGCUACCCCUCAAAAUGAAAACGCCGCGCAAAAAAAAAGUGGCAUUUUACACACCCUCAAAAAAGAAGGUGAGAUGCAUACAGCGAGAUGAUGAGAAAGGAACGGGUUGUGACGAUGGCGAGACUGUUGAGUAUGUGAGUGGCGAGUAUGAGCGUGUUGAGCAGCGGAGUGGUGGCUUGGCACGGCAUGGAGAUGACGUGUACACGAGGAGAGAGGAUGAGCAACAGGUUGGUGAGCGGAGGAGCAGACGAAGGAAAGCGCUUGGACGCGAUAAAAAGGACAUGAGCAGCGGCAUGCACCGAGGAGGUAGCAGGGCCACGAAAAAGAACAUGGUAAACGUUCAUGACGAGAGCAGUGCUACGGACACGAAAGAAAAUGUGGCAAAUACCAAAGAUAGGAGAGAUGUGCGUGAUGCGGGCUCGCCUAUCAACGAAAUCAUUCACAUAGAAAAUGAGCUGUUGCAGGCGUACAGGGAAGAGAAUGCGUUCCUUAAGACGAACGCGUCAUCCGCUACCUCCCGAUUGACAGGCUUUACGGUUACUGAGCCUGCGAAGGACCGCUUCAUCGUAACGUACAGCGCAUACGAUAGAUACAUAAACUUUAGGCUCGUGAAGAACGGCAAGAACUACGAGUACGAACUGAUCGAGCAUGGUUGCGUGGAGCUGCCAGACUUUUUGAUGGAGGAGCUCGUGUUUGGUGAGGAGCAGCUGCCCAAGUUCUUCUUCAAUUUGAUGCAGGUCAUGGUCGGGAAGGACUGAUGUUUUGCUGUGCUGGUAAAUAAAUUAUAUAAUGAUGAUGUAGGAUGAGGCGUGCUUGCUUGUGAAUUGUUUUUAAAGCGGAGCCGUAGGAUGUACUUGGUGUAUGUGCUGUGGCGUGUUGGAUCGAUUCGUAGAUGGGAUAGAGCUGUGGCUGUGGCGUGUUGGAUCGAUUCGUAGAUGGGAUGGGGCUGUGGCUGUGGCGUGUUGGAUCGAUUCGUAGAUGGGAUGGGGCUGCGUGGUCUGUAGGCGAUGAUCACGCGACACGGAACAGUCUUUGAUUAAACCUUGUAUUCUAUGUGAGA